CGCUGUGGCGCACGCCCUUCCCGCCACCACCACACUCCUGCCCAAGAUGGCGGCGGCCAUGCUGCUUCGGGGCGCGGCUCCCGGGCGCGGCGGCCCGGCCUGGCGUUGGCGGCUGAGCGGGACCCCCAGGCGCCGCCUGGCCCACGGUUCCGGCUUUCCCUGCGGUGACCCCGCGGGCGAUGCAAUAUGGACUUGCUUCCGGCUGGACGAGCGCGCCCUGGUGCGCGUGCGCGGCCCGGACGCGGCGCCGUUCCUGCUGGGGCUGCUGACCAAUGAGCUGCCGCUUCUGGGGCCUGCGGAUGGCGCAGUCCCGCCUCCUGCGCGCGCGGGCUACGCCCAUUUCCUGAACGUGCAGGGCCGGACGCUCUAUGACGUCAUCGUGUACGGGCUCCAGGAGCGUGCAGAGGACGCGGCGGGUUUCCUCCUGGAGUGUGACGGCUCCGUACUGGGUGCGCUGCAGAAGCACCUCACGCUGUACAAGAUCCGGCGCAAGGUCACGGUGGAGCCACACCCUGAGCUGCGGGUGUGGGCAGUGCUGCCCAGCGCCCCUGAGGCCGGCGGGGCCGCGCCGCUGCAGGAGAAGGCGGAGGCUGCCGCCGUCCUCACCCGCGACCCCCGGACCGCUCGCAUGGGCUGGCGGCUCCUCACCCAGGAGGAGGGGCCGGCCCUGGUGCCCCGGGGCCGGCUGGGGGACUCCUGGGAUUAUCACCAGCUCCGGUACCGGCAAGGCGUUCCCGAGGGGGUGCGCGACCUGCCCCCAGGGGUAGCCCUGCCCCUGGAGUCCAACCUGGCCUUCAUGAACGGCGUGAGCUUCACCAAGGGCUGCUACAUAGGCCAGGAGCUGACAGCCCGCACCCACCACAUGGGCGUCAUCCGGAAGCGCCUUUUCCCUGUGCGUCUCUCGGGCCCCCUUCCCGCCAGCAGCAUCGCCCCCGGCACGCCCGUGCUGACUGAGUCGGGACAAGCGGCUGGCAAGUUCAGGGCUGGCCAGGGGGAUGUGGGGCUGGCCCUGCUGCAGUCAGAGAAAAUCAAGGGUCCUCUCCACAUCCGGACCUCCGAGAGUGGCCAAGUGGCCUUAACCGCGUCUGUGCCAGACUGGUGGCCCGUGGCCACCAAGUAGCCCGGAAAUGCUUCUGGCUGUGGGAGGCCUCCAGAACGGUCGGUGCCUCAGGCCUCUGUCCAGUGUCUCCUGGUCCAUCCGCUGUGCCUUGCAGGCUGGGAGCCCCGCUCCCCCAGUGGCCCUGUUGAGACACUCCGCCUGGGAGAGUCCUGUGCUCCUGCGCGGCCCGGAGCUGCAGGCCUGGCGUGGUGUGGUGCCUGGCCCCACCGCUGCUCCCCGAGGAGGGUCCCACGGCCACGGGUUUCCCUGCCUGCGGAUGUUCUUCUGCGGCGGGGAGCAGCAGCAACCUUCCUGGGGCCCAGGGAGGGGAGAAAGUGGCCUCAGCCCACCUUGGACCAGACCCCGUAUUUGGCUCCAUGUGGAGUCUGUCAGAGGAGGAUGGGAUGGCGUCAGCUUCCCUCUGCCCAGAGCCGGCAGCUUCUGGCCCUGGCAUCCCACGCUGCCCUCCACGGGCCUGGAGGGAGGUGAUCUCUGCACCCCACGUCGGCCUUUGGGAAUCGUUUCCCUGUGCUCGCUUUGGAGCAUGUCUCAGGCUGGGGGUGUCGGCACAUGGAGGCACCGGGCACCCGUGGACACGCGAACCAGCUGUACCUCUGUGCGCACAGGGUGCCCCGAGGGGCUGCAGACAGCCGCGCCCACAUUUCCCCAGCUCUGCCACUGACGGGGCCUGGCAGCGCGGGGCUUCCGCAUGAUUCCUGUUUGCAGUUUUUCAGACGUAGCUGUAGCCGUGUGUUUUCAGUCAGAGUGUGACUUGCUAUUGGGUGGGGCCGUGGCCCCCUUUUCAACCACUAACUUUACGUGUCCCGUUGCAAUGUGAGCUCCGUGUUACGGGGCGUCUAUUAAA